AUGGAAAUCGAUGGGGCGUCGAAGGUGUCGGGACAGGCAAUCAAAGGUGCCGAGUACAUUAAAGAUUUCUUCGGGACAAGACCUGACAGGGAAUUUAUAUUUGAGCGCAUUAUAUCCCAAGGAUCGUGGGGGUUUACUGUCCAGAUGAUGAUGAAAUCGAACGAAACGCCCGAGACCAUUUCCCCAAGCCCUUUAAGCCAAGCGCUUGGGCUUCAGCCGCUCACCCUUCAACCACCUGCUCCUCCACGACCAUUCAGUUCUAUGAGUCGAGGUGGACCGUCCUUCGGGUCUCAAUUCCAGAUACCCCGUGGAUCCCAACAUACAACUAGGUUCGUCAUGAAACGUUCGUUGACCGAGGCAGGGGAGAGCAACAUAACGAAAGAGAUUGAUCUACUAAAUCGGCUCCGUGGAUCUAUGCACAUCGCACAGCCUUCUCACGUAAUUGAUAACCCUAGAUGGAAUAGUAUCUUGCCAUUUCUGAACGGGCCGACGCUGGUUAUGGAUUGGAUCGAGAAUGGUCUUUUAUGGACUUUCUACGAGCGACGGGCCCAAGUAGACGAGCCUCUGCCCAAUAGGCUGCUUUGGGCUUUAUUCCUUUGCUUAUGUAGAAUGGUCGUCGCAUUGACUUGGCCGCCGAGAGAUCUCGGGUUAGAGAUACACGGCGGCCUCAGUAUAGAGGGUAUACCACCGCGUAAUCUGAGAGGCGAGCGACCGCCGAAAGCACGUUUGCUCCAUGGAGAUUUUCAUGGUCAGAAUAUCAUGAUUGAUCAACUGGAACCGUAUGAACACAAUAGUGUCCCGGUACUCAAGCUGAUAGAUUUUGGCUUAUCCAGAGACUUACCUGCAAGACCGAACGAGCCGAAAGAUAUUGUCAUGAAGACUAAUAUCCGUGCGAUCGGCGAAGUGAUGCUUGGGUUAAUCAGGGGCAACGUGAAAGGGGGCCCAGGAAUGAUGGAAAUCACAUACAAGGGUGAAACGAAAAGAAUCAACUCUUUCGCAACUGAUCUGGACCGAUUAAGCAACAAAUACCGUGCACCAGCAAUCAUGGUAGCUAAACACCAAGAUAGGAUAGCCAACCUAGACCCGGAUAUCAGGAGUUUAGUUGCCUCAUGCGUUGCUGUCGGAUUGGAUGACAGACCGGAUAUAGAGGAUCUACUAAAUAUAGUAGAGAGGAAUGCCAAGAACAAAACACCAAACGACUAUACUACCUACAAGUAUUCCGCCAAUGAAACCGACGCAGCUAUUAAGAAGAUUAUAGAUGCUCAAAUAUUUGGCGCAAGUGGAGUGGUCACGAUCUGA